CUCUUUGGCCGCACCAAACGGCGUGCGCAUUCGCUCCCAAAUGGCGCCCUCUUCACUGCCCUCUCGCCCUGCCGCACAUCUCUCCUCUCGAUAUGACACUCCUGUAACCUUUCAUACAAUUGUGCGCUCUCUUUCCCUUUGGCCAGGCUGAACCAGCCUAGACUUUGUCUGCUAGCAACACAGCCAUGUCCUGUGCAGAAUCAAACAUGUCCCCCCACACUUUGCCUACUCCGCAGCCGUCGACUGAAAUCUUGCCGGGCAAACGAGGCAGUCUGAAUGACGGCAGUUUCACGCUCCCACCAGCUGCCAUGGCUGGACAUGCCAGCGACAGUGCGUCCUUCACUACCCCAUCGCCUGUCAAUUCCGACUCGUCUUACCGGCCGCUGUCCCCUCCUUCAAACGUCACUCCAAAGACUGGUACUUCACGUCGGAAGGGCAGCAACCCCGCGCAACAGAACCAUGGUGUGGCGAAUCAGGCCGCAUACACGCUUCCUCCGCCGCCUACGAGAACGCGGAAGAUAAUUCAGAUGAAACCGCAGUCACGGGACACGCAGGAGCAAGCAAUCGCUCCUGCCGGAAAUCCGGCGGCGCCUGUAGCAACUUCCACGGCUUCGCAGCCCACCGCGUCGAAGACGGCACCGGCGGCGGCGGGGACGAAGCGAAAACAAGGAGGCGGCGGAGCGACCGCUGCGAGUCGCAAGAUCGCGCGAAAAACAGCCCACAGUCUGAUCGAACGGAGACGACGGUCGAAGAUGAACGAAGAGUUCGGUGUGUUGAAAGACAUGAUACCUGCAUGUGCGGGACAAGAAAUGCACAAGCUCGCCAUUCUCCAGGCUAGCAUCGAGUAUAUGCGCUAUCUGGAACAGUGCCUGGCAGAUCUCAAAUCGGCACACUCUCAGUGUCGCGCCUCACCGCAUGAAACAAAUCGACCGAAACUUCCGCCAUUCUCACAUGUGGAGCGCCGUAGCGAGACCAUGCCAACUGGAGCGAAUCAUGCCGCUGACUCGGACGAGGAGAUGUCAGAAGCAACGUCGCCGCAAUUCCCGCGCCCUCAGUCAGCGGCGGCGAGCAGCGUCAGGUCACACCAGCCUUCCAUCUCGCCUGCAAUACUCCCCAGUGCUCAGACAUCUCCUGAGAUCAUCAGCAAACCUUCCAAGUACGGCUAUGUCUACCACUCUGGCCGCUCAUCUGCUUUACCAUCUCCUGCCUUUGAAGGCCAGGUGCAGACCUCUGGGCAGGCCUAUAGCAAUUUUGCCCCCCUGACGAGCCCUGCAUUAGGCCCUCAAGGCGAGAAUGCGAAACCGAUGGAAAAGGACGAUCAUGAAGCCACAGCGGCACUGUUGAUGCUCAACACCGACAGAAGGAGCUGGAGCGGCCCGUCUGAGAAUCGACGUAGCGGCCGGAGCAUGAGCGUCAAGGACCUUAUACAUGGAUGACCUUCUUAACCGUCUGCUCUCCUGUGGUGUUGUUUCGAGUGCUUUCUGAUCAUUUGGGCACGGAGAAGGAAUCUGUUGAUACCCCGAUUGGGCAUGAUUAGACAAAACAAACCUGUAUGAAAAUCGAUGUCGCAUCUUUCUUCUGUUG